AUGGCCCACGUCAGGGAGCAUGCAACUGGAGUAAGAAAUAGGCUAACCCAGUUGGAAUAUUAUAUUUACCGCAUUGCUAUUAGGCGAGAAUUUUCUGCCCUUCAUCUAGCAGGCAAAUUGUUUCAGAAAUUUUUAGUAGAUGCAUAUGUUAAAGUGGAAGGCCAACGGCUUGCAUUUAUUCGACGAAAUCAAAAUCAGCUUCGAGCAGAGUCCUACCAAGGACUUCUGGAUUACCUCCAAAAUGCUGCAGAUCAACGUAACUUACAGACAGGUAAUGUUGUUGUCUUGCCUUCUACCUUUUCCGGCUCACCCCGCAACAUGCAUCAGUUGUAUCUUGAUGCAAUGGCAUUGGUUUCAAAAAAAGGUAAGCCAGAUUUGUUCUUGACUUUUACAUGCAAUCCAAAAUGGCCAGAAAUUGUUACUAAUUUGUUACCUGGUCAAUGUGCUUCUGAUAGACCAGAUUUGGUUGCAAGGGUCUUUAAAUUAAAUUUACUUGCUUUGAAAAAAGAUUUAAAAGACAGUGUAUUAGGUGUUCUGUGUGAACAUGUAGAUGUUAUUGAAUUUCAGAAGAGAGGUUUACCGCAUGUUCAUAUGCUUUUACAUCUACACAAUGAGUUUAAAUUACGAAAUGCUGAUGAUAUUGACUCAUUAAUUUGUGCACAGAUUCCGGAUCAAAACCAAGAUGCCGAACUGUAUGAUAUAAUAAAGUCAUGUAUGAUCCAUGGGCCAUGUGGCCACCUUAAUAAUACAUCUCCGUGCAUGAAAGAGGGUGAGUGUACUAAGCAUUUUCCUAAGCAAUUUAAUGAUGGAACUGUUAUCAAUGUAGACGGUUAUCCCAUGUACCAUCGUCCUGAUAAUGGAAGAACUGUAAGAAUUCGAAACUUGGAUGUUGAUAAUAGGUGGGUUGUGCCUUAUAACCCUUUCCUAUGUAAAAAAUAUAUGGCACAUAUUAACUUGGAAGCAUGUGUGUCAAUUAAAAGUGUUAAGUAUUUGUAUAAAUAUGUUUACAAAGGUUAUGAUACUGCACAUAUAGAAAUCAAUGAGCGCAUCGAUCAUGAUGAAGUAAAAACAUUCUUAGAUGCUAGAUAUGUAUCUGCACCUGAAGCAACUUGGCGUCUCUGUGAAUUUCCUAUGCAUACUCAGAGUCAUUCCAUCAUAAGACUUCCUGUUCACCUUCCAAAUCACCAACAAGUGUUUUUUAGGGAAGGCAACGAGGCUGUUGCUGCUGACAGGGCUGAAAAUUCUGAGACGAUGUUAACAGCCUGGUUUCAAUUAAAUCAGCAGGACCAGCAUGCACAACGAUUUUUGUACACUGAAAUACCUUACCACUUUGUUUUUCGAAAUACCCAACAACAAAAACGGUGGGUAGUUAGGCAACGCGGUGCUGAAAAGAUAGUAAGUAGAAUGUAUAAUGCCAGUAUCCGCGAAGGUGAAAGAUAUUUUUUGCGUGUCCUUUUAUUGCAUGUCCCUGGUGCUACGUCUUUUGACGACUUAAGACAUUUCGAAGAAAAUUUUUAUGCUUCUUUUAGGGAUGCAUGCUUAGCACGAGGAUUGUUAGCUGAUGACAAUCUUUGGAUUCGCACCAUGAAUGAGUUGGUGGAAUAUGCUUCUCCAUCUAAAAUAAGAAAAGCCUUUUCUUUUAUAUUGAUUCACGGUGAACCGAAUAACCCACAUGAAUAA